UCUUCUUCUGGAAGCCAUUGAAGAAAACAAGUUCCAUUUCAAAAUCUCAAAAUCUGUAAUCUCUCUCCUUUUACUUCAAGAUCAUGAAGAAGACUACUCGCAGAUCCAAACAAACCAGUCCCGUCGUUAUCGCAGCUUCAGACGCAAACGAAAAGCAACAUUACGAAGAGAGGAUUCGCGAACUCGAACGAGAGAACAAAGCGUAUCAGAUUGAGAAUGCGGAGUUGAAGGAACGAAAGGGAAAUGAUUCUUCUUCAGGUUCUAAUGGUGGCGUUGAGAAGCUUAAGAAAGAUUAUCUUCAGAAGCUGAAUUUACUCGAAGAUCAGGUUUCAGAAUUGAAGAAGAAACUGGGAUCUCAAUCUCAAUUUUCAACUCACAGGAAAAGAGCCGAUGAAUCGACUAGGCAAUUGCAGUAUGAGAUUCAGAGUUUGAAGGCUCAUAAGGCUAAACUGCAAUGUACGAUCAAGUUAGAGUCUGUGCGAUUUAGGUUAAGCAAGGCCUUACUUGAAAAAGAAGUUCUUCAGCUUAAGAAGGAAGGAAGACGGAAUGAUAUCAAGGCUCAGAGUUUGCAGACUUCUAAUGACAUGCUUAAAAUGGUAUUGCAACGGAAAACUGAGGAAGCUUCUGCUGCAAUCAAGCGUUUACGAGAUAUGAUAGCUGCACGAAAAGCUGUAUCAAAUCGAUCAUCAGGUGGCAAAAUUAAAAGUUGUCAAGUAAUUCAGGAUGCUGAACAUGAACUUGAAGUCACAACUCAGUUGCACAAGUUAUGUUCCCAAUAUGAAUCCAAAAUUGAAAAGAUGACUGGGGAGAUUGCACAGCUGAAAGAAGAACUUGAAAUGCAGAGGCAGGAAAAUUCAAGGUCUGAGUUACAGGAAGAAGACCUUGGCAGCCCGGAGAAGGAUUAUGAUGAUAUUCAAGAUUUAAAGGAACAAGUAAACAACCUUAGUAGUCUGCUUAAAGAAUUACAAUUGCGGAAGGAAAAACAUGAACCCAGGGAUAAGAGCCAGCAGGAUCUGGCCCAUGCUCUUUCUGAAGCAAGUUAUGCCACGGCAAAAAUGGAUACCCCUGAAAUGAGUAGUUCAAAUGAAAAUAGUGUUAAGAGGGGGAGAGCAGUUGAAGGGCUUUGCUGUUCUUGUAGUAGGAAGUCUUUAUGCAAGACUACAAAGUGCAAAUGCCGAUCCACUGGUGGGAGCUGUGGACCAUCAUGUGGCUGCUCACUUUCUAAGUGCACAAAUAGGGAACUAGGCACAUUGCCAGAAAACGAGUCACUAAAAGUAGAGAAUUCAGAAUGCUCAACAAACAAAGAUGGCGAAGCAGUGAUCGCUAAUGAAUGCGCGAAACUACUCGAGAGUGCACUUGUUCAAAAACCUGCCAACCAGGGGCCCAAAAAGAAGCCAUUGUGUGACAUUCAGAACUCAAUGGGUAACAUGGAUGCUCAAAAGAAAGGCAGGAAAAAGAAUGUUCGGAAGCCAGUAAUUCACGUUGUCACCAAGGAUCCAAUGUCCUCGUCGCCAUAAAAUAACACAAGUACUAAAACAAAGAAAGUUGUAACAUGGGAAAAUAGUUCAAUGAGGUUGGACUAGGUGAAGAAACCAGCUAGGAAAGAGCAACUGUGGUGGCUUCCAUUAGUGAAGCAGCUGAUUUUUCUUCAUUUUAAGAAGCUCAACGUAAAGUUAACUGUUUGAUUAACUUAUCAUUUUCACACCCAUUCUUCUUUUCUGGGGAUAAUAUAAAAAGCUGGAAUUGUGUUUUGUUA